GCCCCGGGACGUACGGGACCCCACACCCCCACUGCCCCUCCUCCUCCUCCCCCUCCUCGUCCUCGAUCCCCAAGCAGAGCCUCCUCCCUCCCGUUGCUCACGCCGUGGGGUUCGCGAGUCGCCGCCCUUUCCUCCCCGGGUUCGUGGCCGCGGCAGCCGGGGAGUUCUCGAUUCGGCGCGGGGGAUCGCCGUGGGAGGGUGCGCUGUGGCCGCUGCAGCUCUGUAGGUAGCUGGUAUUUCAGAGGCAAUUUUCUCCAAAUUGAGGGAGGGGAACUCUGAUCCCUAGUAUCAGAGUGGUUUGCCUAUUGAUGUGUUAGAUCCAAGUGCACAAGUUUUUGCAGUGAUGAUGGAGGCAAAGGGUGAUCAGGAUGCUUUGCUUGACCUGGAGAGUGGUAAUGGUGCAGCAGGAAGCAAUAAUAACAGUGGUGUGGAUGCCAGUUUUUCAGUGGGUCAAGGAAGAACAGCGCCUAAUGGUGCGUGGAAUGGUUGCGUGGGUGCCAAUGGAUGUCUGAAGGAUGACAGGAAUCAGCACAUGGAUUGCUCCCCUCCUGCUUUAGAUGCUGUUGCUAAAAACGGAGAUGACAGAAAGUCUGAAGGGGAGGAUAAGCUGGGCCUCCUGGACAGUUCAGGAGGGGAGAAAGCGAAGAAGAAGCGAUCCAAAAAGCCGCCGCGGCCACCAAGGCCGUCGACACCUACACCAUUGGAUGUUUCCGACCAAAAGCUCCUCAACGAGCUGAGUGAACUUGCAAUGUUGAAAAGGGCUAGGAUUGAGCGAAUGAAGGCAUUGAAGAAGAUGAAGAAUGCCAAACAAGGGUCAUCAGGUGGCAACUUAUGCCCGUUGAUCAUUACAAUUAUCUUCUGCGUCGUCAUACUCUGGCAAGGUUUUUUCUCGGGACAUGGUUCAGCCGUAAGCUUCCAUGGAUCUCCUGAAUCAUCAAUCAGAGCACAUAGCAGUCUUAUCUCCAUCAGGUUCUACAAGAAGAACCAUUCCAAUGUGAGACCACCCAGUGUGACCACUGCAGCUCCCGAUAAUGUAGAAGCGGUCUCGAGUCUGGUGAAUCAUAACCAAGCGAGAAGGUUGUCUCGAUGAUGGAACAUGGCGGCCACCACCGCUUGCCUCAAAACUCGCCACAUUUUGAAGCCUCGCCUCGUCUCGACCCGGGUUAUGUAAAUUUUCCGAGACCGUUAGCGCGCUUCCUCGAGGCGGCGCCCCUCCCCUCCUCUCUGUAAAAAUGAACUCCUAGUGUGUUGUGCGGCUGGGUCGUACGCUAACUAGUGGGCCUGUUGGCUGCCGUGCCCUUUGGUCACGGCGCUUAGUGAUGAUGAAGAGAGCAAAGCAAAGCAAAGCAAGCUGUAUGUCCGAUUACAAUAAUAAAGGUUUGCGCAUAAUAAUGAAAGCCAAUCUGAUCCA